CUUUCAAAUGCAGUUCAAAAUAUAAAUCAAAUCAUGUCUGCCCCACUUCACUUCCCCAACCCAAAUGUUGUGGUCAAAUUUCAACUGAAUAAUGCAUUGAUAGGGGGAUUAAAAAGAUUAUAGUAUAAACAGAUCGUUUAAUUAAAGAGCUCAAUGCAUAUUUCUAAUGCUUUAAUUGUACUUAAUUGAUAGCCAACAGACACAAUAUUAUAACUGUUAAAUUUUCUUUUCAUGGCUGAGGAAAGUCAUUUCAAUCAAAUAACAGUCUAUGAAUUUAAAUCUCCUCGGAUCACUACCAGGUGAAGAAUGGGGGAAAAGGAUCCAUCGAAUUAAAGUUAAUGGAUCAGAUCACUUGCAUUGAUAAACUUUUAUUGAAAUUCGAAAUGCACAAAAAAAAGAGCCUGUAGUCACGUGAGUUUUGGAGUGGAGUGUGUAAUGACUAAGGGCCUAGAUCUACAUGGAGAAUAUAUAUCACCCAGGACUGAUUUUUAAAUUCAAUGGAACACAUGUGAUUAUUUGGAUUUUCAGAUAAACAAUGUUAUAGAGUUUCGCCAUUCUGUGGGAGAUAUUGAUUUGGACCAGAAAAAUUGUUAUUAUAUUUGAAGAGAUAUUGAUCGAAUUGAUUCAAAAGUAAAUUUUGAAAUGCAUUCAUCGUGUUUCAUCGUCCUUGAUCAAUGAUCAAACAGGAGGUUUAAAAAUGUGUUAGAAUUUUUCAAACAGUUUCAAACAGAGAGAUUAGAACUUGGAGAAAUAAUGGCUGACAAGGGCUUACUAUAUGGAUAAAUUGUCAAAAUUGAUUUUACCCUGCAUAUAGAGAUAUUGACAAAGUUUCUGGAUUUUCACUUUGUUUCUCAGUGUUUGUGACAUAGACAUGAUUUUACUACUGAUCAGAAAAAUGUGUUUGUAGGGCUCUUAUAUUGAUAAAAACAUACUUAACGAAAUGCCUCAUUUACAGCUAGAACUUAUUCUUGAACUUCCUGACAAUUUAGAAGAUCUCCAAAAUGCUUUUGAAGAUGCACUGGAGCGAUAUAAUAAUAUCCAUGGAGUAUCAGCUACGGAUAAAAAUAAAUUAUUAUACAGAAAUGAUGGGAACCAAUUUGAGGAAAAUUGGCAAGAACGGGAGAUAGAGAGACACAUGUUGCUUAGAAUGCAAAAGGCAUUGCGGUCAAAGAGUGCAGCCCAGAAGAGACAAGCCUGGGAAGAGCAGCUGGAGGAAAAGAGACAAAAGCUUCACCAAAGAGAUAUAGAUACACAAUCAGCCAUAGGAUUUUCUACGCGUUCUGAAACCUCAUUCUUUGCCCUGACGCAGGUUGAGAGGGCCAACACUUCGAUGUCCUAUAUGCCUCAUCUAAAUACAGCAAAACCUACCGUCCAAGUCCCAAAGCGACCCAAAACAGCAGCAGCAAAUCUUCAAAAGCAACAGACGGACAAAACAGCACUGAAAGUGGAGAAACCUUUUAGAUACAAGAUACGACAAGGUGGAUCAGAUACUCCACUAUCCAGACCUCCUAGUCGUCAGACAUCAGAGCCUAGUCUUUCUCCACGCAUGAUUGAUCCCAGAAACCCGAAUUCUCUAAGGCCUCCUUCAACCAAAUCCAUUCCCAGCAAGUGCACACGGUACAUUCUUGUAAGUAAACAAAAACAGAAACGUGCUAUGCCGCUCCCCACACCUCUAGAGGAGCAGUUACUAGCGGAGAGAUUUCCCAUGAUGGGAGAAAAAAUGUACCGCCAACACUCCGACCUGGUACUGAAGUCCCGCAAACCUACGUACUGUGUGGAGUAUACACCGUUUGUGAAUCAAUGGGCCUAGUUUGUAAUCUCAGAAGUUUCCUUGAAUACUAUUAAUAUUGAUACGUGUGUCAUGUAGUUAAUAACUUUUCAUGGUUCUGGUAAUCUUGGGUGCAGAAAUGAGGUCUCUACAUAAUUAAGGAUAAAAUGUUCAUGCAACGAAUCUCUAGAAUUCUUAAUUCUGUACAUUGCUAUAUUGAUAUUGAGGAUGUGAUUUACGUUGUUUUGAAAACGGUGAAAUGUCCUUGUUUGAAAAGUGGACAAAUCAUAAAAGAAUGUCAAAUUGACUUAUUAUUUAGCAUUAUUAUCACAUCUCUUAAUUCUUUUAAUAAUUUUUCCGUGAUUUUCAUAGUUUUUAAUUCCUUUUUGUGCAAAUUAUUUUACAGUUAUUCCGUCCUACGCAUAACGAACGUGUAUUUGCUUUUCAAAUUGUGACAUUCAAUAUAAGUUUUUAAUUAAUAAAAGUAUUUUUUAUACGAAGUGAUAAAUGGUUUCAGCAUCAAAAUACUUUUUAAUUUCAUUUUAAAACUAAGUUAAUAUCAUUGAAAUGGCUUUCUGUUAUUAACUUUAUCUGUGAUAUUGUAGAGAGAGAGAAGCGCUAAGUAAAAUAGUGUCCAGUGCUUUCAAUUUUUAUAAUUGUACUUUUCACUUUACUGCCAAUGUGAUGUUUGGGGCCUUUGUUCAGUUUAGUUUUUUUUAUUUACAUGUUUAUAGAAAUACCAACUUUGUUUUUAUGUCUUUUAGACAUCUAUUUGAUUUUAAUGUAAAAUACCAGCAAUUCUGGUUGUUUUACAUAAGGAGAAAAUAAAACCACUAAAAUUUACCA